CAGGGUGAGCAGAGGAGGUGGGGCUCGGGUCUGAGGUUGCCUGCUUGACACGUUCUCGAGAGUCACCCGGGGAACCCUAAGAGGUGCUUUCCUCAGGUUGACCUGUAGGGAAGUCUGCGGAGGAGGCGUAUCUGUGAUUCAUGAUCGACAUGGGAAGGUCCAGCCGGCUGUGGGCAGCGCCGCCCCUGGGCUGGAGAUCCUGGGUGCUCUAAGAAAGGCUGACUUGUCUGGCCUCAGUGGGAGAGGAUGUGCCUAAUCUGGCAAAGACUUGAUGCUGGGAGGCUUCUCAAGCUGAAGUAGGCUGUGCUUUGUAAAGCUGACCUUAAAAAAAAAAAGAAGAAGAAAGAAACAAAAACCCCAGCAUGCUGAAGAUGGAGCUGAGAGGCAGAGCACUUGUCUAGCAUAAACAUCCCUGGGUCCAUCGGAGCUCCAACACAGAGACAGUCUGCACACAGAGAGAACCAAGCAUUCUAUCAGAACCCCGAGGCUCUGGAUCCCAGGUCCAGCAGGUCCGGAGGGACCAUGCAGGUCAUCCUUGCUGUGAUGAUCUGGGUGGCUUCGCCUGUGUCCAGUUCUUCAUUUACAGCAAGUACUUUGCCAGAUAUAACAAACGAGGACUUCAUCAAAGAAUGUGUUCAAGUUCACAACCGGCUUCGGUCAAAAGUGAAGCCAACAGCGCAGAAUAUGCUGUACAUGUCUUGGGAUCCGAAACUAGCCCAAAUUGCAAAAGCAUGGGCAAAAUCUUGUGAAUUUAAACACAACCCACAGCUGCAUUCGAGGAUACACCCAAAUUUCACUGCCCUGGGAGAAAAUAUCUGGCUUGGCUCUCUAUCCAUCUUUUCAGUAUCUUCAGCCAUCUCUGACUGGUAUGAAGAAAUUAAGUACUAUGACUUCAGCACUAGGAAAUGUACAGACAUCUGUGGCCAUUACACUCAGGUUGUUUGGGCAGACAGUUACAAGCUUGGCUGUGCAGUGCAAUUUUGCCCUAAAGGAGCAAAUUUUAUAUGCGACUAUGGACCAGCAGGAAAUUACCCAACACAGCCAUAUAAGCAAGGAGCCACUUGCAGUAACUGCCCAAAAGAUGACAAGUGUCUGAACAAUCUCUGCAUUAACCCACGACGAGAUCAGGUCUCACGUAUGUAUACAAACCUUAAGCUGUUCUCCCGGGCUCGGUUAGCACAUCAUGAGAAACUGAGUGCAUUCUUGUUUGUUUCACAGGUUACUACUCUGUUGACUAUCCAGACUGGCCUAUAUAUCUACGAAACAGAUACACGUCUCUCUUUCUCAUUACUAAGUCGGUUCUUCUAUUACUGUCUGUUAUAAUUACCAUUUGGGUAAAGCACAAAUAUCCUAACUUAGUUAUUUUGGACUAAUGCCAUGGUUGGGGGGACAACUUAUUCAUAUGUGGCUAUUUAAAAAACGUUUCAAUAAAAUCUUCAGCACUUCUUAGUUUCCUAA